AUGCCUCGUCUUAAUAUAAGAGAAGCAAUGGCUCAACGUUUAACUUCGAAGCAAAUUAAAGAGUUAUUUCAAGAAUUUGAUAAUGGCAAUGGAAUAUUGUCAUUAGCAGAAAUUGAUCGAGCUAUUAUUUAUUGGCAUCCUGAAUUGGGUACAAAUCGUCAAGCUAUGCUUCGUGCUUAUAAAGCAGCUGAUAUAGAUCAUAAUGGCUUUGUUCAACUGAGAGAAUUUCGUCAUUUAAUUGAGUUAUUAUGUUUUUAUGAUGAAUUUAGUAUUUUAUUUGGACAUUUAGAUAUGAAUCACGAUAAAAGAAUAAGUUUUAGUGAAUUUGUAAGAGGACAUGAACUUAUAGAUCAUGAAGAUAUGGAUGAAGAUGAAUUAAGACAUGAAUUUAAUCGUAUCGAUACUAAUCAUGGUGGAUAUAUUUUAUUUGAUGAAGUUUGUUAA